AUGACAAUCAGCAAGAAUAACAAGAUGAUGCUGCACAUCAACUAUAGGAUGCGAGUGGUGCUGCAGGAUUCGCGCGUGUUUGUUGGGUACUUCAAAGCUUUCGACAGGCACAUGAACAUUAUACUUGCCGAUUGCGAAGAAUUCCGAAAAGUCAAAGCGAAGCCCGGAAAACCAUUAGAUCGCGAGGAAAAGCGAACUUUGGGUUUUGUUUUAUUGCGAGGCGAGCACAUCGUGAGCAUGACAGUUGAAGGCCCACCACCUAAGGACGAUGAUUUGCCGAAGGUUAAAGCUAGCACAGGCAUUGGACCUGGUGUAGCCAAAGCUGUUGGACGAGGCAUGCCAGCGGUUCCUCCACCUGGACCGCAGCCAGGAUUACAAGGACCGGUGAGAGGAGUUGGUGGCCCAGCUCCGGGAAUGAUGCAACCGCAGUACGGUGCUCCUCCAGGCGUUAUGCCAGGUAUGCUACCAAUGAGACACCCAAUACCUGGACAACCACAAAUGAUGGGGCCUCCUGCAGGGAUGAUUCGUCCACCAGCUACGCAAAGGCCGAUUCCAUGA